AUGGCAUCUGGAGUUGGAUCUAUCUCUGGCCCCGGCGCGGUGGACGACAAGCGUCUGCGUCCCCAUGGGCUUGACUCGACCACUUUCCCCACAAGGGUCUUAGCAAAGCUCCAUGACCCCAGCAUUCCUUUCGAAGAGUAUCUUCACUAUGCAAAGAUCACUCGCCAAGAAGAAGAUCGCUUGUACGGUCCCGGAAGCGACUUCACCCAAGGCUCUGGACCUACGAUGACUUUCAUCAAAGAGAAGAUUCUUCGUAAGCAAGUCGAGAACCGUCGCGAGUCUGUUCCUCAACCCAGGCUGUCCAUCAGCGCGCAAGGCGAGGGACAAAUCGUGAGGCACGAGACGGAUUCAGGCAACGAAAAGUCGGUCGUCGAGAAUAGGAAGUAUGAGCCCAUGACCAUAUCUGAUGACGAAUGGGUUCAAGCUUCGCGUGCAGCCAGAACAGCUACUUGGGGUGCCGUCUUCUACCUCAUUACCACCGACAUUCUCGGUCCCUUCAGUACGGGGUAUGCCUUCUCUCAAAUGGGUCUUGGCCCCGGUGUUACGCUCUUCACGGUCUUUGGUGCCCUCGCUGGUUACAGUGGCUACCAGCUUUGGCGCAUGUACCUCCAGAUGGACAGCGACCGCUAUCCGAUGAAAGGCUAUGGCGACAUCGCAUUCCGCGUGUACGGCCCCUGGUUCCGCCACACCUGCAACCUUCUGCAGUCGUUCCAAUUCUUCCUCAAUGUCGCCCUCAUCAUCCUCAGCAGCGGCCAGUCCAUUAGCCAGCUGUCCAAGGGUCAAUUGUGCUUCAUCGUCUGCGUGGUGGUCUGUAUGAUCGCAGGCUGUAUCAUUGGGCAGAUUCGAACCCUACAGCGGUUCGGCUGGUUGGCUUCUUGGGCUGUGUUCCUCAACUUGUUCAUCAUUUUCGCAACCAUGGGAGUCAUGGCUCACUCUCCUCCAAAUUACAAACUCUACGCCGCGUCAAACCCUGACUUUGAUAUCAACAACCCGACACCAGUUCAAGUUUCGGGCGCCGCUCCACCCGGCCUCGGCAUCGUCGACAACGUCAAUGGUCUGAUGAAUGCCGUCUUCUCCUUUGGUGGCGCCACUCUGUUUGUGGAGCUUAUGGCUGAGAUGCGUCGCCCUAUGGAUUUCUGGAAGGGCCUCCUCUGCGCAGAUCUGCUCAUCUAUGCCUGCUACAUGGUUUACGGAAUCUACACCUAUUGCAUGCAAGGGCAGUACGCCUACAAUGUUUCGUACCAGGGUGUCUCGCCUUAUGGUUGGCAAACGGCAUGCAACAUUAUCGGUCUCAUCACCGGUCUCAUUGCCGCUGUUCUUUACGGCAACAUUGGCAUCAAAGUUCUCUACAACAAUAUGGGUCGUGAUCUCCUCAACUUCCCGCUGCUGGAAUCCAAGACAGGCAAAUGGAUCUGGGUUUUCUUUGUUCCCAUCUACUGGACUCUCGCUUGGGUUGUCACUCAAUCCGUCCCUCAAAUCAACACGUGGAUCGUCCUCGUCGGUGCAGGGUGCAUUUUGCAAUUCACAUAUACGUUCCCACCUUUUUUGAUGCUGGGCUUCAAGUGUCAGCGCGAUGCCAUGCUUCCGGGUGAGACAUUUGACCCAGCCACUGGCACCGUUCACCACCUGGACAGCGGCGUCAAGAGAUGGUGGAGAGGGUUCAAGAAGGAACUGUGGUGGAAUCUGUUCGACCUGAUCUUCUACUUGGGUAGUAUUGUGACGAUGAUUCUGGGUCUGUAUGCCGCAUUCACCUCGAUGGUCGAUGCGUACAAGAGCUCUGUGAACUUGAGCGCCUGGAGAUGUGAGAGUCCUACAGGCUAA